UAGUAAACGACUGAAAGAAUAUUGUGUAACUAUCGUUAAAUUUUCAUUGAUUAAAAAAUUACUUUUUAAUCUUAUCAUUGUCUUCAACAUUUAAAAACAUAAUGAAAUUUUAUGUAUUUUUUAUCUUAUUGGUUUAUAUACAAUUUUCCUAUAGCUAUCGAUCGUGGAAAGAGUCUAAGUAUUCAUCAAUAGUAUUUUCUUCACCUGAAGAAUGCGCACGAAAUUGUACAGAUAACGAGCAGCCUAAAAAUUGUUAUUAUUUUUUUCAUAUUGAAUUUUAUACAACAGUUGGGCCUGCUUGUGAUGUGCAAGGAUCGAAUCAAUGUAUUGUGGGAGAUGGAAUUGAAAAGACGUUAAUACCUAUUAAUCGGCAAUUACCAGGACCACCUAUUGAGGUUUGUUUGAACGAUCGUGUUAUAGUCGAUGUGGAAAAUGCUGCUAUGGGGAUGGAAGUGACGAUACAUUGGCAUGGACUUUUUCAAAAUGGUUUCCAAUUUUAUGAUGGUGUUCCUUAUGUUACACAAUGUCCAAUUGCAUCUUCUUCAACAUUUAGAUAUGAUUUUGUAGUGAAAAAUUCGGGUACACAUUUUUAUCAUUCUCAUAUAUCUACACACAUGCUAGAUGGACAAAUUGGUAGUUUUAUUGUCAAAGAUCCACCACAAAAAAAUCCGCAUCGUGAUUUAUACGAUAAAGAUGAAAUAGUCAUAUUCUUAAAUGAUUGGAUACAUGAAUUAUCAUUUGAACGUUAUCCCGGAUAUUACAGAUACAAUAUAUUAGGACAGAGUGCAGAAAACAUACUUAUAAAUGGUUUAGGAAAUUAUACUAAUUUAAAAACCGGUGAGACUACUAAUGGAAGUUUAAAAGUAUUUACAGUCAAAAAAGGGGAACGGCAUAGAAUACGGAUGAUUAACUCUUUCAGCACGGUAUGCUUGGCAGAGUUAAGAAUCGAGAAACACAAAUUAAUUAUAAUCGCUCAGGAUGGUGAAAACGUGAAACCUAAACCGGUGGAUAAAAUAGUGUCUAGUACAGGCGAGCGUGUCGAUUUUAUCCUCGUUGCAAAUCAAAAUGUGGACUCUUAUUGGAUUCAAGUACGUAGUCUUGGGGAAUGUGCAACAACAUUUAUACAACAAUUGGCUAUUUUAAAAUACGAGAAUGGUCCUUCCCAACCGUCAACGCCACUUCUUAAUUAUAACGAUACAAUAGAUGGCGUUAUAUAUAAUGGAUUAAAUGGAACGUUGUGUAAUACAAAUAUUACAGAACCUGUGCUUUGUAUUAAUCAAUUGGAAAGUCUUGAAAGCGAGAAUGAUCUCUUAAAAGUCGAACCUGAUGAAAGACACAUAUUACCUUUCUGGUUUUUUAAUUAUACUGACACUUCUAAAGACAAAUUACUAUUUAAUUCAAGUUCAUACCUUCCAUUUUUUAAUGCAAAUGAUCGUACUCAACUUCUUUCUAUAUUCAAUGAUAUCGCGUUUGAGAGUCCAGCGUCAAAUUUACUCACACAAAGUAGCUCUUACCAAGCAAUAUGCAAAAAAAAUCAACUGAGCACUUGCACCGAACCUUGUACAUGUGCACAAAUCAUCCAAACAAAAUUAAAUAAUGUUGUGGAGUUAAUAAUGUACGACGCAAUACCACAAACGGAUUUGGAUCAUCCGUUCCAUUUGCACGGAUAUGCAUUCCAAGUAUUUAGCGUAGGACAAUUUUGGCCCACUAGAAACAUUUCGAGGGAAGACAUAAAUGAAAUAAUACAGGAGCACACGGAACGUCUUCAAAGAGGAGAGUAUAAAAAUCCACCUGGUAAAGAUACCGCGAAAAUUCCAAUGGGAGGUUAUGUAAUUGUACGUUUCAAAGCGGAUAAUCCAGGAUGGUGGUUACUUCACUGUCACUUCAGUUGGCAUCAUAUCACUGGUAUGGAAUUGGUCAUUCGUGUAGGAAACCAAAAUGAUCUUCCACCAACUCCAAAGAAUUUCCCGAAAUGCGAUAAUUGGAAACCAGGGUUACAAACUACGAAGGAUUAUUUGUUUUUCCCCAAAAAUUAGAUAUAUAGUUACUAUAUAUCUAUAUGAUACAUAAUACAUAUAUAAUACACGACCAAAUAAAAGUAUAUUUUUAACAUGUA